UCGUCAACCACCCAAACAUACUCUGUAUGAUCACUGUUUCUCUUCUCUUUCCCUUACUUUGAAAGCAAAAUCCCAAAUGGCUCCUCCCUUGAAGUCCGAUUCCAUCCUUACCAAUGGCGAGUCCAACCAUCUCAGGCAACCACACGCAGGGCACGUGCGAGAGGAUGAAGAAAGCUUUGUCUCCGCCAUGCAACUCGUGACUUCCUCUGUUCUCUCCAUGUCCCUGCAAGCCGCCAUUGAGCUCGGCGUCUUUGACGCCAUCGCCGGAGCCGGUGAGGACGCAAAGCUCUCCGCAAAGGACAUCGCCGCUGUGGUAUCUUGCACGAACCCAGAAGCCCCAUCGAUGCUUGAUCGUCUCCUCAGUCUCCUGGCCAGCCACUCCGUGCUUCAUUGCUCCAUCGCCGACAAUCAACGAGGAACAAAACAGAGGAUUUACAGUCUUUCCCCUGUUUCUAAAUACUUCGUGUCAGAUGCUAAUGGUGUCUCUCUAAGACAUCUUAUGUCCUUGGUCCAAGACAAAGUCUUCCUUGAAAGCUGGAGGGAGCUGAAGGGAGCGAUUAAGGAAGGAGGGAUAGCAUUCAACAGGGUGCAUAGGAUGCAUGCGUUUGAGUAUCCGAGUAAGGAUGCUAGGUUCAACGAUGCUUUCAACAAGGGAAUGCAUGAUUCGACCAUCCUGAUAAUGAGCAACAUGCUUAAAUGCUACGAUGGAUUUGAAGGACUCGACACGGUCGUAGAUGUUGGAGGUGGUCUUGGGAUCAACCUUAGUUUGAUCACUUCCAAGUACCCUCAUAUUCAGGGCAUCAAUUUUGAUCUGCCUCAUGUCAUCCAGAACGCCCCCACCUGCCCUCGUGUGGAACAUGUAGGAGGAGAUAUGUUUGAGAGUGUUCCUCAAGGACAUGCCAUUUUUAUGAAGUGGAUACUGCAUGAUUGGAGCGAUGAACAUUGCGCGAAGCUGUUGAAGACUUGCUACAAGGCCAUUCCAGAAGAUGGGAAAGUGAUUAUUGUGGACGCGAUUCUACCAGAUGAACCAAACACUAGCGUUGCUGUCAAAACUGCUCUUCAAGGCGACGUCCUCAUGAUGACCCAAAAUCCUGGAGGCAAAGAACGAACCCAACACGAGUUCCUCCACUUGGCUGCCAAAUCCGGGUUUGCUAGGAUCCAAUUUGUCUGUCGGGUUUGCGGCUUUUGGGUCAUGGAGCUCCGCAAGUAAAUAACAUGUUGCUCGAGAAAAUAAUGUAUCCAUUCAACGUACUGUCACUUCUCUUAUAACUUACAUGCACGGCUUCUUCUUCUUCUUCUUCUUCUUUUUUGGGUGCUAUUGCGUUAGUGGAAAAUGAAGCCAAAAUGUUGAAAGGCGUUAGGUUAAUGGUUUACCUUUGGAAUUUUCUUCCGACCGAGCAGUGUGUUUCAUGAAUUACUACUUGUUGCUCCAAGAAGUCAAUAAAUUAAUUAUACGUGUCUUCAA